UUCAUUCUUAGUUUUUCUGUAACAGAGUAAUCGAAAAUCCUGCAAAAACCAGAGGAAGAGAAGUGGAAAGGGCAGAAGAGCCACAGAAAGGAUCCAAAACCCUAAAAAAGGGAACGGAUACUGUAACAACUGCAAAAGGCGGGAAGUUUAUGUUGAUAGAGGUGCUCAUUCCUUCUCUGAUGAAGAUGGACAUGUCGGAAUCUGGUGCAUUAUGGCGAAAGUUCUAGUGUUUUCGACUUUUCUUGACAUUUUGGGUGACGGAGUCUAGAGUAUUAAGUGGAAGUGUUGUGAUCUGUGAAAUAGUUUUAUCUCGUGGGACGGUCUCAUUCUUUUCAUCAUGGUUGCUUCAGCCGCCACCUCAGCAUUCUUCCCUGUUGCCCAGGCGUCUUCGGGGAGGACAUCAGCGAUGCUUGGAGGAGGAUCAGACAACUUGGAUACUCGCGGAAUCAAGUCCAAAACGGCUUCUUCUGGUGGUUUGCAAGUUAAGGCGAGUGCUCAAGCUCCUCCUAAGAUUAACGGUACCACGGUCGGUCUGACUGCACCUACAGAAGUCCUGAAGAACGAAGAUGAGAUAUCGUCCUCUCACCCGAGGACUUUCAUCAAUCAAUUGCCCGAUUGGAGUGUGCUUCUUGCUGCCAUCACGACAAUCUUCUUGGCGGCUGAGAAGCAGUGGACGCUUCUCGAUUGGAAGCCUAGGCGGCCUGACAUGCUUGUUGACCCUUUUGGUCUCGGGAGGAUCGUGCAGGAUGGGCUUGUUUUUAGUCAGAAUUUCUCAAUUAGAUCGUAUGAGAUAGGUGCUGACCAGACAGCUUCUAUAGACACAUUGAUGAAUCAUUUACAGGAAACUGCACUGAACCAUGUUAGGGGUGCGGGGCUUUUAGGUGAUGGUUUUGGUUCAACACCGGAAAUGAGUAGAAGGAACCUGAUAUGGGUGGUCACUAAGAUGCAGGUUCUUGUGGAUCGCUAUCCUUCCUGGGGUGAUGUUGUUCAAGUGGAUACUUGGGUCAAUAGGUCUGGGAAGAAUGGUAUGCGCCGUGAUUGGCUUCUCCGGGACUGCAAGACUGGUGAAACACUCACACGAGCUACCAGUGUGUGGGUGAUGAUGAAUAAACGCACGCGGAAAUUAUCUAAAAUGCCAGAGGAGGUUCGAGGUGAAAUAGAGCCUUAUUUCAUUGAUUGUGCUCCUAUUCUUGAGGAGGAUGGCAGGAAGCUGCCAAAGCUUGACGACAGCACAGCAGACUAUGUUCGAACUGGUUUAACUCCUCGGUGGAAUGAUUUGGAUGUCAAUCAGCAUGUGAACAAUGUGAAGUACAUUGGUUGGAUUCUUGAGAGUUCCCCGAACUCAGUUUUGGAGAGUAAGGAGCUGUAUAGCCUGACUCUGGAGUACAGGAGGGAAUGUGGGAGGGACAAUGUGAUUCAAUCCCUGACUGCAGUCUGUGAUGGUGUACAUGGUGAAUCGGCCAAUGCUGGUGGCGUCGAGUGUGAGCAUUUGCUGCGCAUUGAGAACGGGGCUGAGGUUGUGAGGGGAAGGAGCCAGUGGAGGCCCAAACAGGGCCAGAACUUUGGCAUCUCUGACCAUGUUCCAGCACCGAAUGCAUAACCAGCUUAUUCAUCUCAGCAGUCUUUGGGGGUAACAAUAGUCUUACUACUGUAUCUCAAAUUGCUUGUGUAGAAUCCUGCUUGCUGUCCUCAGAUUUGUUUUCUUCCUCUCUCUCUCUCUCUCCCCCCCCCCCCC